AUGGGAACAUGCUUAGUGUGUCCUAACGAUGACUGGUCAAAUGGAAGAAGAGAUUCCUGCGUUCCAAGACCGAUUGAAUUCCUGUCUUAUGGAGACACACUGGGGUCAUCUCUAAUUAUUAUAAAUCUUACAUUUUGCCUUGUGACUAUAGUUGUGUUGGCGAUAUUUAUAAAAAACAAAGAUUCUCCAAUUGUGAAAGCCAAUAACCAGAAUCUCAGUUUCAUACUUCUCCUCUCACUCAUCUUCUCAUUUUUAUGUCCUCUCUUAUUCAUUGGACGUCCCUCAGAUAUAUCAUGUCUCCUCCGACAAGUGACUUUUGGAAUCAUUUUUAGCCUUGCAGUUUCUUCAGUCUUAGCUAAAACAGUGACUGUAGUCUUAGCUUUUCAAGCCAUUAAACCAGGCAGGACACUGAGGCAGUGGAUGAAGAGACACCUCUCCACAUCCUUACUUGUUAUAGGUUCAUCUGGAGAAGUUUUGAUCUGUGUCCUCUGGUUGUUUUAUUCUCCACCAUUCCCAGAUUAUAACACUGGACUAGAGGUUGGAAAGAUAAUCUUACAAUGUAUUGAGGGAUCUGCCAUUGCUUUCUACUUGUCCAUUGGCUACAUUGGAUUUCUGGCAAUGAUGAGCUUUAUUGUAGCUUUCUUGGCCAGAAGACUUCCAGACACCUUCAAUGAGGCUCAGUACAUCACCUUCAGCAUGCUGGUCUUCUGCAGUGUGUGGAUCUCCUUCAUCCCGGCCUACCUCAGCACCAAGGGGAAGUACACGGUGGCUGUGGAAGUUUUUGCCAUCUCCUCUUCCAGUGCUGGACUUCUGGGCUGUAUCUUCAUUCCCAAAUGUUACAUUAUUCUAAUGAGACCAGAACUCAACACAAAGUCCAAUAUAAGGGUCAUAAGAAGACAUUGUACAGGAGAAUUUUGA